GGAGACGUGGGGCGGCCCCGCGCAUGCGCAAGUUGCGGCAGGAGGGCGAGGGUGCGCUGCCCUGCGCAGGCGCAGAUCGCAGGAGGGCGGUGAGGGCGAGGGGCGAUGGCGGUGGCGCGGCCCGGCGGGUUCGAGGCGGCCGAGCAGCAGCAGCAGCAGCAGGAGGUGCUGUCCCGGCAGCAGGAGCGGCACUACCGGCUGCUGGCCGAGUUGCAGGCGCUCGUCAAGGCGCUGCCCAGCGCCUGCCAGCAGCGCCUCUCGUACACGACGUUGUCCGAGCUGGCGCUGGCGCUGCUGGACGGAACCGUGUUCGAGAUCGUGCAGGGGCUGCUGGAGAUCCAGCACCUCACCGAGAAGAACCUGUACAGCCAGCGGCGGCAGCUGCACAGCGAGCACCGCGCAGGGCUGAAGCAAGAGCUGUUCCAUCGGCACAAGGAGGCCCAGCAGUGCUGCAGACCCCACAACUUGCCUCUGCUCCGUGCAGCCCAGCAGCGCGAGAUGGAGGCUAUGGAGCAACAGAUCCGAGAAGAACAGCGAAUGAUGGAUGAGAAAAUAGUCUUGGAAUUGGACCAAAAAGUAAUUGACCAGCAGAGCACCCUGGAGAAGGCCGGGGUGUCUGGCUUCUACAUCACCACCAACCCCCAGGAGCUGACUCUACAGAUGAAUUUGUUGGAGCUGAUUCGGAAACUGCAGCAGAAGGAAGCUGAGACUGAGAAGACUUUUUCCUGAAAGAGCAAAUCUGCUGUUCACUUCCCAGAGUUUUUCCUCUGACUUCCCUCUAAACAACAGACUGUCCAUGCAUUUGCUUUAUAUUGUGUCAGGAAGAAGCUACAGGAGUAGAAGAAAUUGCUGAGACACUUAGAUUAGAGCUGGGGCCGGCAGAGCCCAUCACAGGGAUGGUUGGGAGCCUGGGGAUGGCUCUCAGGAUCCUCAGUAGUGUCAGCUGCAUCUGGCUCAGCUGGGAGCUGAUGGAGCAUGGUCACCUGUUACGACUGUUCUGCAGUGGUGCUGAGGCCAUCACUGAGCCAAGGCUGGGCUGAGCACCGAGCACAGAGAACCCCGCUGUAUGAGGGUAACCCUGUGUUUAGAUGAUAUAACGGGGGGGAAAGAAUUCCAAGGAUGUUUCUGUGUGUUAAGGCAGAAACAACCUCUUAGACAGGCAGACCCUUCCCAGAGUCUCCUCCAGGCCAGUACCAGCAUUAUCUGUAUUCAUUUAUCUGUAUGCUGGCCAGCAUUAUCUGUAUUAAAGGAGGAUUUCAGGCCUCGGCCUAGAGUUACUGGACUGGUGCUUGCAGUGUUCCCACUGACUCAGAAAGCAGAGCUUUUGCUUUGUUCUUUUAAACCAGUUUCCAAAUUAAGAGAAAUAAAACACUUUCUUUUUCGGGGUGCAGCUUUCUGAA